GUGUGGGAAUCGCGCCCGGCAUCACCGGCCGCGCCAGGUGGUCCCGGCGGGCUGAGGGGGCACCGCCGCCCGCCCCAUCCCCCGGCUGCAGCCAAAAUGUCCUUCUUCAACUUUCGUAAGAUCUUCAAGCUGGGCGGCGAGAAGAAGAAGAAACAAUACGAGCACGUCAAGAGGGAUUUGAACCCUGAGGAGUUCUGGGAAAUCAUAGGAGAGCUGGGCGAUGGUGCUUUCGGUAAAGUGUUCAAGGCUCAGAACAAAGAAACAAAAGUUCUGGCUGCUGCAAAGGUGAUAGAUACUAAAUCGGAAGAAGAACUUGAAGAUUACAUGGUGGAGAUUGAUAUUUUAGCAUCCUGUGAUCAUCCUAAUAUUGUCAAGCUCCUCGAUGCUUUCUACUAUGAAAACAAUCUAUGGAUCCUGAUUGAAUUUUGUGCAGGAGGAGCAGUAGAUGCAGUAAUGUUGGAGCUUGAAAGGCCAUUAACAGAGCCACAGAUCAAAGUGGUGUGCAGGCAGACACUGGAAGCACUGAACUACUUGCAUGAGAAUAAGAUCAUCCACAGAGAUCUAAAAGCUGGCAAUAUUCUUUUCACAUUAGAUGGAGACAUUAAGCUAGCGGAUUUUGGAGUAUCAGCUAAAAACACCAGAACAAUACAAAGAAGAGAUUCCUUUAUUGGUACACCAUAUUGGAUGGCUCCAGAGGUAGUAAUGUGUGAGACCUCUAAAGACAGGCCAUAUGAUUACAAGGCUGAUAUCUGGUCUCUUGGCAUUACUUUAAUAGAAAUGGCUCAGAUAGAGCCACCUCAUCAUGAACUAAAUCCCAUGCGAGUGCUGCUGAAAAUCGCAAAAUCUGAUCCGCCGACAUUGGCACAGCCUUCAAAAUGGUCAUCAGAUUUCAAAGAUUUUCUGAAGAAAUGUUUGGAAAAGAAUGUAGAUGCAAGGUGGAGUGCAACUCAACUUCUACAGCAUCCAUUUGUUACUGUUACUUCAAAUAAACCAAUAAGAGAAUUGAUUGCAGAAGCAAAGGCUGAAGUUACAGAAGAAGUUGAAGAUGGUAAAGAUGAGGAUGAAGAAGAAGAAACAGAAAAUUCUCUGCAGUUACCUGCAGAGAAACGUGCAUCCUCUGACCUUAGUAUUGCCAGCUCUGAAGAGGAUAAACUUUCACAGAAUGCUUCUGUCCUGGAAUCUCUCUCUGAGAAAACAGAAAGUAAUGCCAUUGAGGACAAAACAACUGGAGAUGAAUCUGAGGACAUUAAAUUUAGGAAAACAGCUGAUAACAUACAUGAUACUCCCAUUAGUGAUGUGAAAGUGCAGAAUGGUUCUUUGCCAACUGGUGAAGAUGAGCAAGGCAAAAUGGUGCUAGCAGAAAAGAAUACAGAAAGCCUGGAAAAAAUGCAUGAGGAUACAGAACCUCAGAAAGGAGGUAAAGAACUUGAUGUGGAAAUAAAGCAUGAACCAAACUUAACAAUAGAGAAAGAAAAUUCCAUGGCAGUUGAACAGACAGAAGAUGACAAACUGCAAGUAGUACCUGUAACUGAAGGUGGGGUAGAGACUGAAGAAGGCAUUCAUAAGGAAACUGGUGAAAAAGAAGAGGAGAGGAGAACGGAUCUUUUGGAUGGUGAGGAAGAAAAGGUCCCUGCAGAAAAUAGAGAUGCAGAGAAACAGGAAGAUAAAAGUGGAGCUCAGAAAGAGGCAGUAAUAGAUAGCAGUACAGAAACUCUGCCUAAUGCUACAGUUAAAGUGUCUGAUGAAGAAAAGGAACUAAUAAAGCAUGGAAUUGACAACAUUAAGGAGAUAGGUGCUGUUGCUGAAACACCCAUCAGUGAUGGGGAUAAAAUACCUGAGCUGGAGGAUAAGCCAGUGGAAAGUCAGGCUAAGCAGGUCCAUGAGAUAAUCAGCUCUGAAGAACCUCUAUCAGAAAGCCAAGAUAAAGUGAUCGAAGUAGACAAGAAACUGGCAGAAAGUGAAAAUGAGGGUAUUGGUAAUAUAAACAGCACAGAGGAAACAAGGAUCAAAGACUCUGAAGAAGACAUCAUAGAUCAGAAGGCAUUACAGAACAAACCUGAGGAUAUUCCUGAUAAGCUGGUGGAUAAACUGACUGGAAUGGACCAAAAUUCAGGAGAGCACGGACCUGAGAAUAUGCAGGAAAACAACAUCCAUGUAGACAAAGAGCAUCCAGCAGUUACCUCUGAUGAAAUAAUGAAGAAUAAGCUUCAAGAUGCUGUCAGUGAACAAGCUGAUGACUCUGAAGUCACUCCAGUUCCCAGUAUUAGCAUUAGCACUGAAGAAAAUGAGAAGGUCAAGACAGAUAAUCAAGGCAAUACUGAGACUUUACAGCAACUGGAAUCUGAGAAUUUGAAGGAAAAUGAUGUGGAUUCAGGCACUGGUUCUACAGCUGAUAACAGCAGCAUUGAUUUGAACUUGUCCAUUUCUAGUUUCCUUAGUAAAAACAAGGAGACAGGAUCAAUAUCUUUACAGGAAACAAGAAGGCAGAAGAAAACAUUAAAGAAAACUCGGAAGUUUGUCGUUGAUGGAGUAGAAGUGAGUGUCACCACAUCAAAAAUAGUUACUGAAAAUGAUUCAAAAAGUGAAGAAAUGAGAUUUCUACGACGUCAAGAGCUCAGAGAGCUGAGACUUCUUCAGAAAGAGGAGCAGAGAGCCCAACAGCAGCUCAGCAAUAAGCUUCUGCAGCAGCGAGAGCAGAUGUACAGACGUUUUGAACAGGAGAUGACAAAUAAAAAGCGACAGUACGAUCAAGAGAUAGAGAACCUGGAAAAGCAGCAGAAGCAGACGAUCGAGCGCCUGGAGCAGGAGCACACAAAUCGCUUACGGGAUGAAGCAAAGCGCAUCAAGGCUGAGCAGGAGAAGGAGUUGUCCAAAUUCCAGAAUGUGCUGAAAAACAAAAAAAAAGAGGAGCAGGAGUUUGUGCAGAAACAGCAACAAGAACUGGAUGCAUCUCUGAAGAAAAUAAUUCAGCAGCAGAAGACAGAACUGGCCACUAUUGAACGAGACUGCCUCAACAACAAACAGCAGCUCAUGAGAGCUCGUGAAGCUGCAUUCUGGGAGCUGGAGGAGCGGCACCUACAGGAGAAACACCAGCUUCUCAAGCAGCAGCUCAAGGAUCAGUACUUCAUGCAGAGGCACCAGCUGCUUAAGAGGCAUGAAAAAGAAACAGAACAAAUGCAGAGAUAUAAUCAACGCCUUAUAGAGGAGUUAAAGAACAAGCAAACUCAGGAAAGAGCCAGACUGCCUAAAAUCCAGCGAAGUGAAGCGAAGACUCGGAUGGCCAUGUUUAAGAAAAGUUUAAGAAUCAAUUCAUUUGCGUCUCCAGACCAAGAUCGUGAAAAAAUUAAGCAGUUUGCUGUUCAAGAAGAAAAGAGGCAGAAGAAUGAGAGACUGGCGCAGCAUCAGAAACAUGAAAACCAAAUGCGGGACCUUCAGUUGCAGUGCGAAGCAAACAUCAGGGAACUGCAUCAGUUACAGAAUGAAAAAUGCCAUCUACUGGUUGAGCAUGAGACUCAGAAGCUAAAAGAACUGGAUGAAGAGCACAGCCAAGAACUGAAGGAAUGGAGAGAAAAGUUAAGACCGAGGAAAAAGAUGCUGGAAGAAGAAUUUGCCAGAAAACUGCAGGAACAGGAAGUUUUCUUUAAAAUGACUGGAGAAUCCGAAUGCCUUAAUCCUUCCACACAAAGCCGGAUUUCCAAAUUCUACCCAAUCCCCAGCCUUCACUCCACUGGGUCAUAACUCUGGGAACUUCUGUAGGUUUUUUCGUGUUUGGAAUUCUCCCUCCUUACGGUCUAACCUGACUUAUCUGCAGCAUAUGAACAUCGGGGACCUCACUUGUCUUGUUUUCAGUGGAGACAAUCAGUGUCAGGAGUGGUUUCUUCACUCCCCUGAACAGAAGAAAUGAACCGAGUGUUGGUGUACAAUGGUAUUGUUACGUCCUUCAGAUGUUUCAAGACUAAGUGGGCUUUUUAUCCCAGUCUCUAAAAGUACGUUACCUACAGUUUUGACUUUAAGCCUGAAAUAUUAAUUAUGCUCUUUCUCAUCACAAAAGAAAUGGUUUCUCAUCUGAACAUUUAAACAGUGUAAUUUAGUUCUGCUACUGUGUUUUUAAGCAUCAGAUUUCUCCACGAGAGAAUUCCACAAUUGAAACUGUCAUGAGAGGUUUAAAAUUUCAUAAUGUGAGCAGUGUCUUCAUGGCAAGGACUGAAACUAAUUCCUGAGAACAUGCCAGUAAUCAGAAAAACAAACCCUUAUGUUUAAACACCAUUGGCAAAAGCCUUUGCAACUUCUUUCAAAAGAAACCUCUGGCAUAAAUUAAACUUAGCUUAUCUCCAUGACAUGUUUUGUCCAUUAGUUCCAUAAUGAAAUGGGGUGCUAGUUUAAUUAAUACAGUGCCUGAAACACUUAGAUAUGCUGAUCCUGGCAACAGGAUACUGUUUUGUCAUUUAAACACAAAACUCCUUAGCAUUGUUGUUACUGUACAAAACAAGAUUUCUUGCUGCUACUGCCAUUUUUGUUGUAAAUCCUCACCCUAAAAUAUUUUGCACUAAAAUAUGUAAAGGUGAAAGAAAUGCUAACUUUAAAAUGCACAGUUUAUUAUUUUCUUUAGCUAUUACAUACAGGUGGUUAGUUCUACAAAUUGAAAAACUGUAGAAUGUAUUUUUUAGAAAGCGGUGUACAAAAUGCACGUGGUUUCUCUUAACUGUACCUGGAAUGGGUAGAGCCAUUGUUCUGUUCUUACCAAAGCCUGUUCAUUUGAACUCCAUCACAGAAGUGGAGGUGGAUGGUCAUAUUUAUAAAUAACCAUGGCUAAAGUCUGAUUUCACUAGAAAUGUUAGAUUCCUUCUUUUUUCUUUUUUUUUAAUUUUAGUAGUUUUAUUUUAAGGAAAGAUUUAAGUUAAAUAUAUAGACCAACUCUUUUAUGAAGCUGGGUGUUUUGCUUUUGUGUUGCCACCUACUAACCUAGGCAGGUUUUAUUUUUUGAUGUACCAUAAGUUAUUUACCUGACUGAUCGGUAGUGGGAAAUCUGAACUGUGUCUCCUAUAGCAGGGUAGGGAAAUACUGUAUUAGGUCACUUUUGCUGCACUCCUUUUGGUGGAUAGAGGUUGAGUCAUAUCAAGGCAGUGUUAUAAGCUGUACUUGGGUAUGUGGGAACUCCAUUUGUAAAAUAGUAUUUGCUUUCUGUCUUUUGAGGCCUGACUUCCUCUGAUCUCUUUGGGCAUCAACUGCACCUGUUUUGUUUUGCUUGCUUGCUUUGACCCUGCAACUGGUGCCCAUUCCAUGGCGUUCAUUUCAUGGGAACAGUGUUGCUGCAUGGCAGUGAACUCAAAAAUUAACGUAGGACUUAAAUUAGCUGUGGUUGAAACCUCAGUUGCUGAAAUCCUUGGACAUUGAACUGAUACCUUCUCAAUGAAGACACUUAAUUUACAGCACAGUAAAAAGAAAAUUGAAAAAUGCAUGUUUUAAUUUAAAUUUUGUAACUUUUUGAUAGCAUAAUUACUUUAAUAGCUAGCCUUAAUUUCUGGCAUCUUAUUAUUUUAAAUGUGUAUUGUGUACUGUUGUAAAUUCACACACCAUAUCUCUAAAAUGUUCUGUUGCUAAAUGCAAAGUUUUUUAAAUUGUUUGUUUGGCAGGGAGAAAAAAGUCUUUGAAGACCAUUGGCUUUUUAAGCUCCACCUUCAUAAAUUGACUGUUACUAAGAUAACAUUAAACAAUCUUCAUCUCUAUUUAACAGAAUUUGUUUGCAAUUUCGUAUGAAAUAGGCUCAGUGCUUUGCCUGGGGAGUAGUCAGGGCAGGCAGAUUUCCUCUUCUGGAAUAUGUCUAUGUUCAUCCCCAUUAAAUCCUCACAGGGAACUGUUAAUAAUCUUCUCCUUACAUUUUUGGUAGUUUCAGUGAUACAUUGCGAAUAUGUAUUGGCAUUCUGUUUACCUCCAUCUGUAUCUCUUACAUCUUUUAUUUGAAGAUCCUUUUCACACAGGCCCUGCAAUCUGAUCUCAUUGUAAAUUGCACAAAUAACUGUAACUGAGCUCUGGGAUGAAGGGAGGGAUCAGAUGUGGUGAUGGAAGCCUUUCUUAGGUCUUCAGGUGGGGAGCCCUGUGAAGCACUUGCAGCCUUGUGAACUGGGCUGAGAAUUGAUAGCAAGCAUGAAAAUAUAUUUUCUGAGUGAUAACAAGAACUGGUGUGGGUACUUACACAUCUAUACUGAUAAAAUUUGGUUUAAGUGUUACAGAAUGUCAGAGAGCUGUUACAAUAUUGUAUCAGUGUCAGAAAAUUCAGUUCAAAUUAAUUUAGUCUCACAUAGGCUUAAAAGACGUCUCCUGAGAUGUGAAAUGCAAUCUCGCUACUAUCUUAUGUCACCUCCCUAAUGAAUGUUAGCAGCUCCAUCUCCAGGGUGGUGAGGUGUGUCUUCUGCAGCCAAAACAAUGUACUUACAAAUUCUUACUGUUUGGCAGAUCUUAUUGUCCCCACAUGCUCUUCCAAAGCUGGCCACAAAUCAGUAUUUGCUCACCACUGUGUUUCACUACACUUUAAAUUCUGUCCACAGGAAAAUGAGCAAAGGCAAUAAAUCCCUGAAUUGCA